AACUCCAAGAAAAAAUAAAAACUACUGAGCUAAUUUUAUUCCCGAAAUUUCCCAAAUCGAAUCUCUUCUGGUUCAAAUCUAGAAUUUCUGAAUUGGAGCUAGCUUUCAAACCAUGUAAAUUUAGGUUUCUGCAGUUUGAUUUCGACGCUUAAUCGAAAGAUGGAUCACACCUGGUAUGAACCGUCGGCGAGAAGAAUUCCGAGAAGGGUCUGGUUAGGGUUUCAAAAAUCAAUGGGAGUCCUCGUAGGUGGAAAUCACACUUCGUCCAGGUUUUGCACACGAUAAUCUGUUUCUCUAGCUUAUCUAUUUGGCUCGCUCUCUUUUAGAAAAAGAAAUCUUAUUUUAGAUUCCAGAAAUUGAGAUUCGGUACAAUUUGAACUUUGAUUGAAGAUUUCGAAUCUCACGACGCGUCAAUGGAUUUGAAGCCAUGGAAAUUUUCAAAUUUUCAUGUGUCUAUAGCGAAGCGUAUGCUUUUCCGUUCUUUCAUGAUCGCUUUGGCUCUGUCGGUAAUCCCUCUGGUGCAUAUUUUGUCCGGGGAGUACUUGAAAAUGCUUGGCCCUAUAAUCUCCGGCAACUGUGCCGUCCAUUUGGGCGAGUCGACUGCCAAAUUUACCCCGAUGUGGUAUGUGUUUCAGGGUCGGCAUCUGAAUCCCAUUUGGAGCUCGAUCGAACCGACGCGGUGCAAGGAAUAUAUGAAUUUGACUGUUACUGUGGUCAAAGAGCUACGGAGUAAGCACCUGUUGAACUCUGGUGGAAAAGCUCUCUGCAUUGGAGAAGGAUCGGCUUUAGCUGCGAGGGCAUUGCGAGAUUUAGGAUUCUCCAAUGCUUAUGAUGUUAAUGAAUAUCGAUUCUUCUCGCUCAAGCGCAAGCAAUUUUCAUAUGAGAUUGAUUAUGAGGACAAAUCGUUUGAUUUUAUCUACUCUAGAGAUCUUGACAUGGUUUCUAUCCCUGCAAUUCUUGUGCUCGAGAUUGAGCGAGUUCUUAUUCCUGGUGGGAUUGGAGCUGUGCUUGUGAGCUCCAGUGCUACAACCCCAAAUAGCCUAAUCAGGUCUGCUACUUGUAUAUCUUCGGUACUGAAAACUUCGAGUAUAAUGCACGUUAAUCGUGUAAAUAACUUCACUCUGGUUGUAUUCAAGAAAAGAAUGGAAAACUCAGGAUACUUUGAGCGAUACCAUCUUCCGGCAGACUGCCCAUCUCUCACCAACUAUAAACCUUUCAUAGAGCAAAUGGAGCCUCUUGUUAAGGAGAAGCCUAUCGGUUUUGGAAAAACCUUCUCUUAUCUUCCAAAGUUUGUGGAUCUUUCCACAAAGAAACGGUUGGUUUACGUUGAUAUUGGGGCAGGGAUGCACCUAAACUCUAACAUUUCAAAUUGGUUCCUUCCCUUUUACCCUAUUGAAGGCAAAGCUUUUGUGGUUUAUUUUGUUGACUACAACACUUCUGUUUUGUUGUCCUACAUUAAUAAGCCUGGCAUCACCUUUGUUUAUCAUCCGAACCUUUCUGGAACUAAGGCUAAUGUCAGUCUUGAUGGAGUUUUGGAACCAUAUGUGGGAGAUACUGAGUUUGAAUUCCUUGCUUGGUUUAAAGGAACGCUGCAGUUUGCAGACUUUGUUGUCCUGAAGAUGAAUGCAGGGAGAGUGGAGUUGAAAUUCCUAUCCCAGCUAUUCGAAAAUGGUGCCAUAUGCUAUGUGGACGAGCUGUUUCUUCAGUGUGCCGGUUUCAUAGAUGGUGAAGAUACAGGCCCUGUGGACUGUAUGGACCUAUUAAGAGACCUUCGCAACAGUGGUGUGUUUGUUCAUCAAUGGUGGGGAGAUCAGAAUUCCACUAGUGUUUCUUGAACUGUAUGUGGUAUGCUAAUAGUGCCAUGUUAUGUUUGUUUAAGUUCGUUUGUCUAGACGUGGUGAACAUCGAAUUUGCUUUAACCUUUAUGAUUGGUCUCGGGAUUAAAAAGUGUUUUUCGGUUGGGCACUUUAUCUAAAUAAUACUAAAUAAGCAACCAUGUGAUGAAUGUUGUGUUUUAAA